AUGUACACUCAGUCCAACAUCCGUCCCAAGAGAUCGCUCUCCCAAACAUCGGCUACCUCAACCUCCUCUCACACGAGCCAGUCCUCUCAAGAGAAGAAGCACUUCAAAUUGUUUAACCCUGUCUCAAAGGUCUUCCGAUCCAAGACUCCUGCACCAAUCGAUAUCCCCCAGAGCCGCCAAUACACAAUGUCACAGCCACGAGACAUCCCGCGGAGUAAUCCCAAAACUUCAUACUUCCCGGACCAUGGCUACACCUCAACCAGCCCGAUUGAAAUGUCUCCCAGCAUGGGUUCGCCCCAGUCAUUGAAGGCGGACUUUCCUAAGCGCGCAUCUACUCCCACCCGCAAGAACAGCGGUGACUAUAAGCGCUACAGUGGAACUGUCAAUCACUACGGCCGCCACUCGAACGACUGGCUAUUCGGUGGCUUCAGUGUUCGGGAAACUGUUCGUGAUAGCCUCGAUAAGCUUCGCAGCCACGACAAGGAGAGCUGA